AUGCGCUCCCUCGCUCAACUGGCUCUCAUCAGCCUCGCCUCAGCAGCCGCCAUCUCCCCCGGCGCUUACUCUCCAGACAGUCCUUACCCGACUCCCAACUUCAACCCCAAUCUCAACUUCACCUCCACCACCUCCACCACCUCCACAGACCUCAACCUCACAAGACGCCGCACCGACACCGGCAAAUUUACCCCCCUCUUCCCUCCCUCCCUCCAACCCUCUUUCUGCCCCUACGACACCAUCAACCAACCACAACCUCUCCUCUCCUACGACGCCACCACCGCGCCCCUCGCCUCGGACUGUGGGCACAUCAUCGACUUCAUAAUUGACAACAACAAGCAAGGGUACUGGACGUAUGACGUUACCGAUCUCGAAAGAAAAGAAGGGAUCGUGUUGAUGUACUACAAGACUUGCGCGUUCAAGCUUGUUAGCGACGAUGGACGGGUACUGGUGGGUGCAGGUGGUGAUGGGAAAGAUGGGAACAAGAAAUCAGAACAGUUUAGAUUUGGAGUCGAGGAGUUGAAAUUUUACUUGGGUACGUGGUUAGAGAAGCAGAGGCAUGGACGGUUGGGAGCUAAGGGGGUUGUGGAUUGUUGGAGUGAAGGGGUGGAAAAGAAGGAUAUGGGAGGGGUGGGUGUUAGAUGGAGUGUUGAGGCGGUUAUGAGUAAGAGUGUGAAGCCGAUGUUGCCGGGGACUGGUUAG